AAACAAUUAUUCUGAACAAUUCUAGAUAUUCUCAGAGUCUCUGGUCUCUUUACCUCGCCUUCUAUGGAAGCUCAAGUGUUUAAUAUCAUUUCCAAUUAAAACCCUAAAAUACUUUUUCAAUUUCUUCUUCCAAUUUCCUUCUUUCUCUUCCGAUUCAAUAUUCAUUUUUGGGUUUACUUCGAUUAAAGCUUAAGGAAACAUGACUCGUUCUUCGAUUGCAAUCUUGUCUCUGUUACUAAUGUCACACUUGGUUUCUGCAAAAAUUCUAUUGAUAGGGAAGAACACAUCUCUUUCCUUCGACGACAUCGAAGCCAAUUUCACUCCGAUGAUUAAAAGAUCGGAUCAAGGCGGUGUGUUGUAUGUAGCAGAGCCGCUCGAUGCUUGUUCGGAUUUGGUUAAUACAGUGAAUGUGAAAAAUGGAUCAAGUGUUCCUCCUCCAUAUGUUUUGAUUAUCCGCGGUGGCUGUAGUUUUGAAGAGAAGAUUAGGAAUGCGCAAAAGGCUGGAUAUAAAGCUGCUAUUGUUUAUGAUUAUGAAGAUUAUGGGUUCUUAGUAUCAAUGGCUGGAAAUCCCUCUGGUGUACUUAUUUAUGGUACGUUUGUCUCCAAAGCAACUGGGGAAGUACUAACACAGUAUGCGGGUCGCACCGAUUUUGAAGUGUGGCUCAUGCCAAGUUUCGAGACUUCAGCUUGGUCAAUCAUGGCUAUCUCGUUCAUAUCUCUCCUCGCUAUGUCUGCGGUGCUCGCCACUUGCUUCUUUGUCCGUAGGCAUCGAGUUAGGCGCCGACGUAUUCUGGCUCUUAAUGGCAAUGACUUUCCUCGUAUGGCCAAAAACAUGCUAAAACGCAUGCCUACUACAAUAUUUAAGGGUGUUUGCGAUGAAGCAUCUACUUCUAUUUCGUGUGCUAUAUGCAUUGAGGAUUAUCGCAUCGGAGACAAGCUAAGGAUCCUCCCUUGCCAUCACAAAUUUCAUGUUGGAUGUGUAGACUUGUGGCUUGGCCAAAGGAGAUCAUUUUGCCCUGUUUGCAAACGCGAUGCGAGAAGUAUCAGCAUUGAUAUGCCCGCAUCAGAGCACACACCCUUGCUUACUCCUAGCAAUAGCAUGACCCCAACGUCAUCGUUUCUCUUAUCAUCAUCCUCCACAACCCCAUUGCAGUCAUCUCAUGAGCUACCAAUAUUUAUCAGAGUAGACCCUUCUUUACCAUCCACCUCAAUGCAGCCACACACAGUCCCUAUGUAUCUUUCCCACUCUCGCUCCCACACAAGCUUCCAAAAUGGGUCAUACCGCUUUUCCCGGCCUAUACCAGUUAGCCGGAGUUCAGCGGAUCUCAGGAACGCCGUUUCCCAAAGAUCUUACAACUCACCCCGCCUGGGUUCUUUGCCUCGUUCCCUCCACUCAAGAUAUACGCACAUACUUAGCCCAGGAAAUGCAUCAAGGAGCUGGGUUGUUGGAUCGUCAACAAGCCAGCGCGAGAAUUCACUUCACCUAAACGUCUCGCGCAGGUCUUUCCCUCACUUUUUGUCUGCGAGCUCUCUACCAGGCUGCUAAACUGUUAAAAAGGUAACACCAUACUAACCAAAAGGUUCAGUGUCGGGGCCAUUGCUUUGAAGAAGCAAUCAACUCCUCCUCUAGGAUGUUGCUCGGCUACUAAUUUGUGACCGUGCCUGAUUUUGGCAAACAAUAGAGUUGAAAAAGUGUUCAGUGUGAGUAAUAUUCUUUAGCUGUACAGUUGUGGAGUGAUGAUGAAUGUGAGAUGAGUGAGAGUGAAGAGUAACCGUUGAGUGUGGGCAUAUAACUAGCUUAUCACUUUGGUUCCUUGUCUAUAUAUACAUACUGCUUCUCUUCCAAAAGUUUAACCAUUUACGCCGAAA